CAAUGCUCCGAUGGCAACAGAUAAGUAAAAAGUGAGCUCCUCGGACGCACGACAACACAUCAAGUGAAGUGGAAAGCGGCUCCUGUUCUGCUCCUUGCACCAGCUCGGACGUUAAACAUUUUAAGCGCUCCGGUUUCUAACUGCAGCAGGAUUGAUCCAAAUACAGGCGCGCCUUUGAGUUUGGGUCGUUUUUUUUCUGGAGAGAUAGUGUUUUUCAUUUGAAAAAUUUUCAACUGAAUCUUGUCAAACUCAUGACGGCAGAGGUCCAGCAGCCCCCAGCGCAGACUCCUGCUCAGAGCAGCCCGAUGUCUGCUCCGGAGAAGCCGCACGGACAGACGGUGGUGAUGGAAACCGCUUCAUCCACAACGAAAACCAAAAAAACAAACGCGGGGAUCCGACGACCAGAGAAACCUCCUUAUUCAUACAUAGCCUUGAUAGUGAUGGCCAUCCAGAGCUCCCCAACCAAGCGCUUGACGCUCAGUGAAAUCUACCAGUUCCUGCAAAGCCGCUUCCCGUUUUUCAGAGGCUCUUAUCAGGGAUGGAAGAACUCCGUGCGUCACAACUUAUCCCUGAACGAGUGCUUCAUCAAGCUGCCCAAAGGCCUCGGUCGACCAGGGAAGGGCCACUACUGGACUAUCGACCCAGCUAGUGAGUUCAUGUUCGAGGAGGGCUCUUUCAGAAGGAGGCCCCGGGGUUUUAGACGCAAGUGCCAGGCGCUGAAGCCCAUGUACAGCAUGAUGAACGGCCUGGGAUUCAACCACAUCCCUGAGUCUUACAACUUCCAAGGGAGCGGAGGGGGCCUCUCAUGUCCGCCCAACAGCUUGUCUCUGGACGGCGGGAUCGGGAUGAUGAACGGACACUUAGGAAACAUGGACGGGAUGGGUCUGUCCGGUCAUUCCAUGUCACACCUGUCGACUAACGGUGGACAUUCCUACAUGGGAAGCUGUACGGGAUCCACCGGGAGCGAUUAUCCCCACCACGACAAUUCUGCCUCCCCUCUGCUCACCAGCGGGGGAGUAAUGGAGCCUCACCCCGUCUACUCGAGCUCAGCCUCGGCGUGGGCUCCAGCGCCAUCGGCCUCUCUGAAUAACGGAGCUUCUUACAUUAAGCAGCAGCCACUGUCUCCCUGUAAUCCAGGAGCGAACAGCCUGCAGCCGAGCCUGCCCACGCACUCAUUAGACCAACCAUACCUGCACCAGAACGGCCACGCCACCACAGACCUGCAAGGGAUCCCUCGGUACCAUUCCCAGUCCCCCAGCAUGUGCGACCGGAAGGAGUUCGUCUUCUCGUUUAACGCCAUGACGUCCUCGGCCAUGCACGCAACGGGAAACGGCUCCUACUACCACCACCAACAGGUCUCCUACCAGGACAUCAAGCCCUGCGUCAUGUGAUCCGCGCCUGACGCGGACGGGCUGCACUAAACAGAACCGGAGAGUAAAAUGACCACUGACUGAGAGACACCUGGACAGCCGGGUGGAGAGAAACGCUCCACAGCUGUUUGACUCAGAGACAGACACGGAGGCAGCGACGCACCAAACACGAUAAUAAUAUAUAAUAAUUCAAAACCCUUUAGUGCUUUCAGCGGGGUGAAAAGUGUCCGGACCAGAACCCAGCUGCUGUUUGGUACCACAGUCCUGCAGAGCAGAUGACUCAUUUCACAAGUUAAUUCGUUUUUGUAAAAUAUGCACACUCGCAUUUUGUCCGUUCAUGUUUUUUACUUUUAUUUUUGUUAAUAAAUUAGACAACGUUAUUAAUUUUUUUGGAGGGGGAGGGGGAGGGGGGGACUAUAUAAACGUUAAAUUCUGAAAUAAACGUUGACAUUAUUUAGGCCUGUAAACUGUAUAAUGUGUAAAAAUGGCACUUUUUUAAAAGCCUAUAAGCGCAACUUUUUUAUUUAUUCUGUAGGCCUAUAUUUUAAUUUCAGGCAAAUUAUUCAAGGGGUUAUAAGCUUUAUUGGCAAUAUUUGUCAGAAUGCUUAUUAUUUGUAAAAUGAACUCGAGGAUAUAUUAUAAGCACUGUGUCGUUUUGUAUUUUACCUUCAGCACUGUAUUACUAUAGCGAGGGUUUAUGUUUAGGUUUAAUAAAAAAACAAUUUAAAAAUAAAAUAAAUCUGAUUUACAGUGAUGUUUAAGACCACAAAUCUGAGGUAUUUUUCAUUUUAUAUAGCAUUCCUAAUUCCUGGUACUUUUAUAGUGGAAUACAACAAAAGAGCAAACAACACAUAUUUUUAUGAUAAUAAUAAAUUGUGUUCGUCCAAAACUAAUCUGUAAAAUUUCAUCUGUUUGACUAAAGUUGGGAUCAAACCGAUUUAACCGUUCUCAGCCAUGCACAAGAGCCACUAGUAAAAUAGUUCCUAUGACUUGUUUUAAAGCGUUAUCAGAUAUUAAAUUAAUAUAAACAUUUAUUUUUCCCACAGAUUUUUGACUCAGUAAUGUUUAAAGUAUUAAAUUAGACUCUUUUCUCCAAAAAUCUGAUUAAAAACAUUUCUGCUCUCAAGAGACAUAAGAAAUUGUGCUGAUGAUUGAUUCAUUUGUGAUGAAUUGUUAAUGGAUUCACUCAUUUGUGGAAAAGUGUUGAGAUGAAGAUGAGAAAACAAAAACUGAUUCAAGUGAUUUACAGUUUUUACAAACUCUGUAUCUCCUCUAAAACACUUCACCUUGUACAGCAGUCACAACAAUAAGAUGCAAUUAAAGGAAAUAAUUAAAUAACGAA